AUGCGUGAGCGCUACGAGGGCAAGAAGCUCAUUGUGGCGCGUGACAAGCUCGACCUUCCGGUCGAAAUGAUCGUCGUCAGGAAACGAUCUCGCUCCUCCAAAAGACGGCGCGUCGAACUCUACUCCUCAAACCGGCCGGCUGGUGACACCAUCAGCCCAACACGGGUCCCCGUCCCUCCUCAACCACCACCGGGACGGGCCAUCUAA